UCUUAUCUAUCUAUAUACUCUCUCGAAAUACCAAAUUUCAUGACGUUCGUGACGGUAUCGGCCUAUAUAAGUUUAUAAUCAGUGGUUGCGAGAGUACCAACCCUACCUAGUCUCAACAAUGAAGGUGGCCAUUCUUUUCGCUGUUCUGUGUGUUGUUCACUAUACAUGUGCUGAAACAUGUUCGGCCACUGCCGAUUGUCAGAAUACCAAGUGUGACGCAGCCCAUGAUUUGGAGUGCCAUCGUGGCCAGUGCACAUGCGUCAAUCACUCCACCUCAUGUACUACUGCUUCCGACUGCUCUGGAACCUGUCAUAUCUUUGGACGUAACGGAAGAUGGCACUGUAUUGAUGCAAAAUGCCGCUGCUUCUUCGUCUAAUAAAUUAGAUAUAACGUAUAA